GCGCAAACACACAUACGACAGAUACUACUACGAGGCCUACUAAUGGUACUUUCACGUCAACUCAAAUGACGACUAAAGAUGCUGGCGCAAACAUAUCUAUGACUGAUACUACUACGAGGCCUACUAAUACGACUAAUGGUACUUUCACGUCAACUCAAGUGACGACUCAAACUGGUUGCUCAACAUGUAAUCCCUGGUAUCCCUGGCCAAGAGAUGUUGGAGCUGGUGUAUUUUGUAAUUCAGAAACGCCGAUUAUAUUCAACGUCCAUCUAACAUCUGAACCGAAUAAUGUCACUUUCUCGGCUUCAGCUCAACUUCCAUGGAAAGGAGAUGGUCCAUUCAACCUGUAUGCAAGUCUGAGGUAUAUCCAAGUCACCGCUCUAACAUCUGUCAAUGGGGAUGAGUUGCACACUGGGUCUGACAUCGUGACCAUCGAUAUUUACGACAGAAAUCAGAAUGAAAUAAGUACCAACUGUGAGAUACACUUCCCUUCUAUUAAGGAUGUAACUACAAAAAAGAAUACGAAAGUGAAUCUAAUUCCAGAAUGCCACUACAAACACGACAUAAAUAAAUCAGUAUGGUCCAUUCAACCUGUAUGCAAGUCUGAGGUAUAUCCAAGUCACCGCUCUAACAUCUGUGUUCAAUUUUACAGCAAUGGGGAUGAGUUGCGCACUGGGUCUGACAUCGUGACCAUCGAUAUUUACGACAGAAAUCAGAAUGAAAUAAGUACCAACUGUGAGAUACACUUCCCUUCUAUUAAGGAUGUAACUACAAAAAAGAAUACGAAAGUGAAUCUAAUGCCAGAAUGCCACUACAAACACGACAUAAAUAACUCAUCAGUUGUGUGGUCGACGGAUGGUUGUGUAACGUUCUAUGGUGCCGACUACUUUAUAAGCGGAGUGACGUGUAUAUGCAACCACCUGACGUCAUUCGUUAUUCUGAUGAAACCGGAGCAGACAAAUGAUGACAAGAUCUCGUCCGUGCUUACGACUACUGGCUUGGUAAUUUCGAGUAUUUUCCUCAUACUCACUCUCCUUAUUAUCUGUGGUUUCAGAAAUUUGCGGAACUCGGACCGGUACAGAAUAUUGCGCCAUUUGGUCAUCGCUCUACUUUGUGUCAAUUUCUUCUUUUUGCUCCUGGAGGCUGAUGUACAGAACUCGGUCGCAUGCAGUGUCCUAGCUGGAUGCCUGCACUACAGUCUCUUGGUAGCUUUCUUGUGGAUGUUGAUCACGUCAACGGAUCUUUACAUGAAGAUCAAGCGUCCGUUUGCUGAUCAUGAAAAGCGCUUUGUGUACAGCCGUUAUAUUGGUUGGAUUGGACCCCUCAUUUUCGUUGUUAUGACCAGUAGCAUAACAAGACAAAACUACGCAUCUGAUAAGUGCUGGUUGCAGACUGGCUCUGGUGCCAUUUGGACGUUCAUUGUUCCUGUAUGCCUCACUCUUACGAUUGUUCUUGUACAUUUGGUGGUUAUUGGCUAUGAAGUUUUCAAGAAAUCCAAAAUACCGAACCAAACUGGAGAGCAAACACAAAACCUCAAACGAAUCAGAGGGAAGAGAAGGGGUACCGAAAAAGAGUACUGUUUUUACACUUGUGAAAAUGCUGAUAAUUGUAAAUGA